AUAAGAGGGUGUGUGCUUUAAAAGAGUGAGACGCUCCCUGCUGCAGAGUUCUCCACCUCACCCUCACAGCCAUGGCAUUCGACGGCUCCUGGAAAAUUGAUCGCAGCGACAACUAUGACAAGUUCAUGGAACAAAUGGGCGUUAACUUGGUGAAGAGGAAGCUGGCCGCUCACGACAACCUCAAGAUCAACAUCCAACAGACCGGGGACAAGUUUCAUGUCAAGGAGAGCAGCAAUUUCCGCACCUUGGAGAUAGACUUCACCUUGGGAGUGACAUUCGAGUACAGCCUUGCAGAUGGAACUGAACUAUCAGGCUCGUGGACCAUGGAGGGGGACACGCUGAAGGGGAUUUUCAACAGGAAGGACAACGGAAAACAGCUGACAACGACCAGGAUUGUCCAAGGAGAUGAACUCAUACAGAGCUACAACUACGAAGGUGUGGACGCAAAGAGGAUUUUCAAGAGGGGUUAGAAGAGAAAUCUUUGCCUUCACGGAUACAAUCAGUAUUGUGUUGAAUUACGAAUUACUUUCUCCAACAUGACAUAAAAUGCACUAUACUUAAUCUGCCUGUAUAGAAAAUGACAGUUUUGAAUUGCACCAUAUUUUGAUACUCGCAGUAAUAAAGCUCUUCUAUAUCUG